AUGGGGGAGACAGAAGGCAGCCCUAAUAUCCUCAGAAGAGCGCCCACAAGGAGAAACAAGCUUGACCUCUAUGCCAUCAUCAAGUUCCCCCUGACCACUGAGUCGGCCUUGAAUAAGAGAGAAGACAACAGCACACCUGUGUUCAUUGUGGAGGUCAAGGCCAACGAGCACCAGAUCGAUCAGGAUGUGAAGAAGCUCUAUGACAUUGACGUGGCCAAGGUCAACACCCUGUUAAGGCCUGAUGGAGAGAAGAAAGCGUAUGUUCACCUGGCUCCUGACUAUGAUGCUUUGGAUGUUGCCAACAAAAUUGAGAUCAUCUAA